AUGCUUAUCGACGGUCAAAAGUGGGCUUGUGAAGCUUGUAUACGGGGCCACCGUGUAACCAGCUGCAAACAUCAUGAUCGACCGUUGAUUCGCAUCAAGCGCAAAGGCCGCCCUUUCGCUACAUGCACGAUAUGCAACGCAACACCGUGCACAGCACCAGCCGAGCACGCGCGCGCAAAACGUGACGCAGAGCUCAAAUGUCCAAAAAAAGCCUCCCACGGAAGACUCUAUCCGCGGCAUCAUAACCCCACCGGUUUCCUUCCCAUUGCGCCUCGUCCCGGUCCCGGUUCCGCAUCGACGCCAGUGUCGAGGUCGAGCUCCGUGAGUGUGAGUGGCCGAAAGGCAAAGACCUCGACCUCCUCAGGCGCCGUGAACAAGUCGAUGUCAAAGUCUAGAUCGGGUUCAAAGUUCGAUGAGUCUGAGGUGGGACCUUCGCGGUCGACUUCGGAUGCUUCGUCGGCGGGAUUGACUCCCGUUUACCAUGAUGCCGUUGGAGCAGGAGAAUGGUCGGGCUCGGAGGGGGAGUUUUCAGGAAAUGAAUCUUCCGGUCAUACUGCGUCUUUCUCUGCGUUGAGGGUGCCGGUUUCUGCAUCCGAGCAGACCCUUAGCACCGGGCAGGGUUGCUCCCUACCGAACUCCGCGCCCGGUUCGUUGUACGAGUAUCCUAUUGUAUCGGAGGCUGAAGCCGCUACUGCCCUGUUUGAUCCUGCGUAUUCGCUUUUGCCCGCUACCUCCGCGGUUUCGGAUCCUCGGCUCGUGCAGACGUUGCCAAUGGUUAGUCCCUUUGAAGGAGUAAAUCCCUUCGAAUUCCCUAUCGAUCCAGCGCUGGCGCUGGGAGAUGGUGGGAUGGGGUAUUUGGAUGAGAUAGAUAUGGACAUGGAAUUGCCUGCUGCGGAGGAGGUGUUUCAUGUGGAGGAUUGGUCGAGGUAUAUGUGGUCGGCUGAGACUGGGUUUGAGCAUAUAGAUACGGGGUUUCCGCCUGUAUCUGGAUAA